AUGGAAGCCUCAUCAGCUGGAUCGAGUAAUCCAACAGCCUCUGGUGGAAAAGCAAAAACCCACCAGCCAGUAGCCAAGGAUGUCAACAUUUUUUUUGAUGAGCUAGAAGGUGUGAACAGCCCUUCCAAAGAUGAUGAUUCCCUGCUUCACCAUGGUAACUUGACCAGUACUUCUGAUGAUGCCAGCAGGUUGGAAGUGGUGGGAGAGGAAGUACCUGAUAAAAACAAAGCCAAUGGAUUGUAUUUUAGAGAUGGAAAAUGUCGGAUUGACUACAUCCUGGUAUACAGAAAAUCCAAUCCACAGACAGAAAAGAGGGAAGUAUUUGAAAGAAACAUCAGGGCAGAAGGAAUUCAAAUGGAAAAAGAGUCAUCUCUAACAAACAGUGACGUCAUCUUUGUGAAGUUGCAUGCUCCUUGGGAGGUCCUGGGCAAAUACGCUGAACUAAUGAAUGUAAGAAUGCCGUUCAGGCCCUUUAACCCCUUCACUGCUGGAGCCCCCUGCAUACUUGUGCGCUGCUGUUUUUUAAAUGGACAUUUCAUUGAAAUCAAUGGGAGGUCAAGAAGAUCCAGGAGAAAAAUCUAUUACCUGCACCGCCGAUACAAGUUCAUGAAUAGGAUCGAGAAACAAAUAAGCAGGUUUCGAGGAUGGUUACCUAGAAAGCCAAUGAAACUGGACAAGGAGACACUGCCAGAUCUGGAAGAGAAUGACUGCUAUACUGCUCCUUUCAGCCAACAAAGGAUCCACCACUUCAUCAUACACAACAAAGAGACUUUCUUCAAUAACGCUACAAGAAGUAGAAUUGUACACCAUAUCUUACAAAGAGUGAAAUAUGAAGAAGGGAAAAACAAAAUUGGUCUGAAUCGAUUGCUCAGUAAUGGCUCCUAUGAAGCUGCAUUUCCUCUUCAUGAGGGAAGCUACAGAAGUAAGAAUUCAAUAAAAACCCAUGGGGCAGAAAAUCACAGACACCUGCUCUACGAGUGCUGGGCUUCCUGGGGAGUCUGGUAUAAAUACCAACCACUGGAUCUAGUGAGACGAUACUUUGGUGAGAAAAUCGGGCUGUACUUUGCCUGGUUAGGCUGGUACACAGGGAUGCUCUUCCCAGCUGCCUUCAUUGGAUUGUUUGUCUUUUUGUAUGGAGUCACUACUUUGAACCACUGCCAAGUCAGUAAAGAAGUCUGCCAAGCUACAGAUAUCAUAAUGUGUCCUAUAUGUGAUAAAUACUGUCCUUUCAUGAGGCUGUCAGACAGCUGCGUUUAUGCCAAGGUAACACACCUUUUUGACAAUGGAGCUACUGUCUUUUUUGCUGUUUUCAUGGCAGUGUGGGCUACUGUUUUUCUGGAGUUUUGGAAACGAAGGCGAGCAGUAAUUGCUUAUGACUGGGACUUGAUAGACUGGGAAGAAGAAGAGGAAGAGAUACGUCCGCAGUUUGAAGCCAAGUACUCCAAGAAAGAACGAAUGAACCCCAUAUCCGGAAAGCCAGAGCCUUAUCAAGCAUUUGCAGAUAAAUGCAGCAGACUCAUCGUUUCUGCAUCUGGAAUAUUUUUUAUGAUCUGUGUGGUGAUUGCUGCUGUUUUUGGCAUUGUUAUUUACCGCGUUGUGACUGUCAGCACUUUUGCUGCCUUCAAGUGGGCUUUAAUCAGGAAUAACUCUCAGGUUGCAACAACAGGGACUGCAGUGUGCAUCAACUUUUGCAUCAUCAUGCUACUGAAUGUGCUGUAUGAAAAGGUUGCUCUUUUCCUGACAAAUUUAGAGCAGCCUCGUACAGAAUCUGAGUGGGAGAACAGCUUCACAUUGAAAAUGUUUCUUUUUCAGUUUGUCAACCUGAACAGCUCUACCUUUUAUAUAGCAUUCUUCCUUGGAAGAUUUACAGGACACCCUGGAGCCUACCUAAGGCUGAUAAACCGGUGGAGACUGGAAGAGUGCCACCCUAGUGGAUGCCUUAUUGAUCUCUGUAUGCAAAUGGGUAUCAUAAUGGUGCUAAAGCAGACUUGGAAUAAUUUCAUGGAACUGGGCUACCCGCUAAUUCAAAAUUGGUGGACCAGAAGAAAACUACGGCAAGAGUAUGGCACACAGAGAAAAACAAGCUUCCCACAGUGGGAAAAGGACUACAACCUGCAGCCUAUGAAUGCUUAUGGACUGUUUGAUGAAUACCUAGAAAUGAUUCUUCAGUUUGGAUUCACAACCAUUUUUGUGGCAGCUUUUCCAUUGGCACCACUUCUGGCCUUACUUAACAAUAUUAUCGAAAUUAGGCUUGAUGCAUACAAAUUUGUCACCCAGUGGAGAAGACCUUUAGCUUCAAGAGCCAAAGAUAUAGGAAUAUGGUAUGGGAUUCUGGAAGGCAUUGGAAUUCUUUCUGUUAUCACAAAUGCAUUUGUUAUUGCCGUGACAUCAGAUUUCAUCCCUCGACUUGUUUAUGCUUACAAAUAUGGACCCUGUGCAGGCCAAGGAGAAGCUGGGCAAAAGUGUAUGGUUGGCUAUGUUAAUGCCAGUUUAUCAGUAUUUCUGGUGUCGGACUUUGAAAACCGUUCAGAGCCUACAUCAAAUGGAAGUGAAUUCUCUGGUUCACCAUUGAAAUAUUGUAGGUACAGGGACUACCGAGACCCUCCUCAUUCCCCAGUGCCCUACGGCUACACGCUGCAGUUCUGGCAUGUCCUAGCAGCACGGCUGGCUUUCAUUAUUGUAUUUGAGCACCUUGUCUUUUGCAUAAAGCACCUGAUUUCCUACUUAAUCCCAGAUCUUCCAAAAGAUCUGAGAGAUCGAAUGAGGAGAGAAAAAUACCUGAUUCAGGAAAUGAUGUAUGAAGCGGAAUUAGAACGUCUGCAAAAAGAAAGGAAGGAAAGAAAGAAGAAUGGAAAAUCUUAUCACAAUGAGUGGCCAUGAUGGGGUGAGAAGAAACUGCUUAAAAGAAGAUAGGAGUUCUUUCUAUUAAAAAAAAUCCUGGUUUUCUGCGGUAGAGAGCAACAGUGAAAGAGGAACAGUCAGUGUUGUGUGCACUCAGCACAUGUGUACCCAUAUUUAAAAUGGUGAAUACUGUGCUAAGUCUUUUCAAAUUUGGGGUCUUACAAGGCUUAGUCUUCUCCAGAGCUAAUAUUGGCAUGAGCAGCGCAGACCAAUGCCUAAGGCUCCACACUACUUCCAGGCAUGGCUUAAAUUCAAGGCCGUGAACUUCAAAGCAGCUAAGUAUCUUACAGUGCUUUACAGAACCUAAUGAUCUCAUGGCUCCUCAUCACGGCUGAGCAGCUAGUUCAUAACCAGUGACUGCUCAUUAGCAACAUGAUAGUUCAUGUCCACAUGUGUAGUCACCACAUGCUGAACAUGCAUGGCAAUGAUGCUCUCUCCCAUGGUGGAAUAAGUGGUGGAAGCUAGCAUCUACCAUGAUUUAACAUAUGGGGAUUGCCUCCAUAACUUGAACAAUACCUUAGUAUUUGUGAGGAGAUCUUUGAUCACGAGUCCAAUCAAAUGCUUUGACAUGGGUUGAAAAAAUUACACAUGCAGAAGUUUUGGCAGAUAGGCAAGCACCUAAAUGUGUCCAGAGGUGUCUUAACUGUAGGGUCAUUAAUUUAGACACAUUAUUGUGAAAGGUUAGUAACUUUUGAAGAUCUGAACAGUGCCUUUUCAGCUAUGGGUCUGUCUGGUCUCUGAAGGAAACAAAUCAAGCUAGGACACCUCAUCCAAAAUUGCUUGUAUACUUGUAUUGCAAGGCCACAUCAAGGCCUAAUCAAGAAUGAGAAUAUAUGAUACACAUAACAGAAGACUGUCUGUGUCUUAAGUAAAUCAACAAUAACAAAGCAAAACAAACAAACAAACAAUGGAUGAACAAAUUCAACAAAGCAAGAGAACACGAUCAUCCAUAAUCUCUGCUCUUUUAUUCCUUCUUCUGUUGUCUGCACUGGGAGAAAACAACUAGGCUGUAGUAUGAAAUAGCUUGAAAUCUGUUGUGCACAGCAGUUCUACAUAGGCUGUAGAAUUAGAUUUGGCCAAAAUGGGCCACUGACUAUAUCCUUUUGCAAAU